AUCACUUCUGGGCCCUCCGGGCCCUCCUACCUCCCCCUUCACUAGAUGCCUCUGAAAGCAAGAUCUGGGGAGAUAACUGGCACUUCAGAGCCCCUGACUGUGGUCCAGGCUGAUGUCCCAACUGCAGAACCCUCUCACCGUCAGUGGGAUUAGCAAACUCCUUGGGCACAGCUGCCCCAUCAUCCAGCUCGACGGCCUCUAGGCCCAUGCGGACCCCUUCAAUCUGGACCUCAUGCUCUCCCGAAGCUGCGUCAUCCUCUGACCUUGCACUCUCGCCCGUGCGACGGAAUUUCACCACCCUAGAGGACAGAGCAAAUCUGGUCAUGAUAGCUAGAACGUCGCUUCAGUGGCUUUGCUGCACAGCUCUUGGGCCCAAGACAGGGAUGAAGGAAAGGUCGAUGGACACCCUUGACUCUGAGGGGAAUCUCACAGAAGGAAAUGACUCUGCAGCCUGAUAACCUUCCCUGAAUUCUGCUUGCAUCACAUCCUCUCCUCAAGGACUGUCUGGAGUUCCACACCUCGUUUCCAUGGAGGAAAAGUGACCGCUGCGACUUUGGGGAAGGUAUAAAGUCAUGAAGAACUGGGGUGUUAUAGGAGGAAUUGCUGCCGCUCUUGCUGCAGGAAUCUAUGUGAUUUGGGGUCCUAUUACAGAAAGAAAGAAGCGUAGGAAAGGGCUGGUGCCUGGCCUUGUCAACCUAGGGAACACCUGCUUCAUGAACUCCCUGCUGCAAGGCCUGUCUGCCUGCCCCGCUUUCAUCAAGUGGCUGGAAGAGUUCACCACCCAGUACACCCAGGAUCAGAAGGAGCCCCCCCCCCACCAGUAUUUAUCCUUAACGCUGUUGCACCUCCUCAAAGCUCUGUCCUGCCAAGAAGUCACCGAUGAUGAGGUCUUAGAUGCAAGCUGCUUGUUGGAUGUCUUAAGAAUGUACAGAUGGCAGAUCUCUUCAUUUGAAGAACAGGAUGCCCACGAGUUAUUCCAUGUCAUUACCUCAUCCCUGGAAGACGAGCGGGACCGGCAGCCCCGGGUCACCCAUUUGUUUGAUGUGCAUUCCCUGGAGCAGCAGCCAGAAGUAACUCCUAAACAAAUAACCUGCCGCACGAGAGGCUCACCUCACCCCACGUCCAAUCACUGGAAAUCUCAGCAUCCUUUCCAUGGAAGGCUGACGAGCAACAUGAUCUGCAAACACUGUGAACACCAGAGUCCUGUUCGAUUUGAUACUUUCGACAGCCUUUCACUGAGUAUUCCAGCUGCCACGUGGGGGCAUCCACUGACCCUGGACCACUGCCUUCACCACUUCAUCUCAUCCGAAUCUGUGCGGGAUGUCGUAUGUGACAACUGUACGCAGAUCGAAGCCAGAGGGACGUUGAAUGGGGAGAAGGUGGAACACCAGAGGACCACCUUUGUUAAACAGCUGAAACUAGGCAAGCUCCCUCAGUGUCUGUGCAUCCACCUGCAGCGGCUGAGCUGGUCCAGCCACGGCACACCCCUGAAGCGGCAUGAGCACGUGCAGUUCAACGAGUUCCUGAUGAUGGACAUCUAUAAGUAUCACCUCCUCGGGCACAGACCUGGUCAGCACAGCCCCAAGCCCAGCGAGACCGCGGGGCCCACCCUGGACCUGCAGGACGGGCCGGCCGCCCCCAGAUCAGUUCUGGGUCAGCCCGGGGGCCCGAAAACACACAUUUUUAUGAAUGGCGCCUGCUCCCCAUCUUUAUUGCCCCCCCUGCCAGGCCCGAUGCCCUUCCCGCUCCCGGUGGUUCCUGACUACAGCUCCUCCACGUACCUCUUCCGGCUAAUGGCAGUUGUGGUCCACCAUGGAGACAUGCACUCGGGACACUUUGUGACUUACCGACGGUCCCCGCCGUCAGCCAAGAACCCUCUUUCAACCAGCAACCAGUGGCUGUGGAUCUCCGACGACACGGUCCGCAAGGCCAGCCUGCAGGAGGUCCUGUCCUCCAGCGCCUACCUGCUGUUUUACGAGCGUGUUCUUUCCAAGAUGCAGCCCCAGGGCCGGGAGUACAGGUCCGAAGAAUGACGGUCCUGCCCCAGAGCCGAUGGCACUGUCCCCGCGGGCCAGGAACCAGGCAAGAUCUGGCUGUGUGUGCGUGCGCAGGUGGCCCCGCUAGAGUCCUCAGCCUUCUGGUGUGUUCUCAGAGCAGGCUCCGUGCAGGAGCCGCUGGCCCCCAGUUCAAACCAAAUCUGGCCCCCUGAACAGCUCUGGGAGCGUGCGCUGGGUGGUGUCCUCACUGAGCUCCGACAGGAGUCAGUCUGUCUAGAACGUCUUUUUACUCAGCUGAUACAGGUAAUUAAAAGAAACCCGGUUCCGGAAGCCACCUUUUUUAUAUUCGGCUAUGUUAGGUGUUCUCAGAGGGGAGGUAACUUUGUCUAAUCCUCCAAUCGGUUUCAGCAUAGAUCUUUUAUUUUUAAUAAGCAGGCCCAAAAAAUUGGUGAAAUUAUUAAAGGCAACAAUUUAGAAGAAAAAGUGCCUUUCACUUUCGAUUGCUUUUGUAGCACGUCCAUUCUGGAAAACACACAUUGUCUAAGAGUCCUCUGAACAACUUUUGAGAAAAGCUCUGCUCCUUCCAAGUUUCUCUGCGGAGAGCAACAGGACGCCUAAAAGACGCCUGAAGAACACCCGCCUUCUCUUUUUGUGGGUCUUUUCCAGUCUUUGGAUUCUUUCUGUCAUCAAAGUGCACCUGCCAAAUCUGUCCCUCCCCCGGGGGGGUUAAUUCUUCUGCUGCUCUGUCAGCUGUGAGCUGCUUCCCGCUUGCUCUUAACUGUCGGCACACUGGACGGGAGACGUGACGAUGGCCUGUCAUCAAACUGUGUGAACAGUGGGCACGGGGCAGCGUCUGUGCCGACCCCUGCACCUCCUCUGCUCUGGACAAAGCCCGUUUUUACACCACCACCACCACCACCACCACCACCACCACCCGCCCCCCAUGGACGGUUAUUUCUAACUCUGUUGCCCCUGCAGCGCUCCCGAGGUUUACAGGUGUAGCUGGGGGCUGUAUGAGAUUCGGGAGCUGGGGGCUGGCAGGGCACUGACUGCAGGGCCACAGUCAGGCUUCCUCGUUUGGCAAGGGAAGGCUUAGGCUCAGCGAGCAUCCAAACCCCAGCCCUUUCCACAAAA